CAGGCAAACCAAAUUGGCACUCGGGCGUGAUGUGAGAAUCGUUCUUAAUAUACUCCAUUAUAUCAUAACAAUUUGCGAUCCCUUAUGGGUUGGAAAUGGUGGGAAUAAAAUUAUUAAAGUGUAACAAAUCAAGUUCUGCAUGCAUUGUUUGCUUUAAGCUCCAAGGAAGACCCAGUUGUUGAUUCUCCAGUUUGUAGUGCUGUGUUUGUAGAUAGUUUCUGCUAUUUUUAUUUUUUUGGUUUGAUAGCAUAGAGGCUAUUAUAUUUUGUUUGUUGGAAAAAUUGACCAAAUAGCAAUAAGAAUAUCGUACUUUCCGGUAGAUCCAUACAGACAUAUCCACGUGGUUGCGGCAUUACAAAUGAUGUGUGAUAGUAGUAGUUGAUGUGAAGCUAUUGGCGGUCGUAGCGCAUAUCGCGUCGCAAUUUCGAGUUCAUUAUGCUUAAGAUUGCGUCGUCCCGUUUGUUCUCAUCGAGCGCUCAGCUUUGCGCCUCCUCGACAAAAGCUGCCAAAGUUCUGAACAAGCUUAUGAAUGGCAGUAAAACGAAGAAAAAGCGUUACUACGAUGAAACCAACGACCAGGGACCGAAGCUGUUGCCGACCAAAUCGCUGGCCAGCACCAAACGGCAGGGAAAGGAAUCGAACCGUCGCGUGGCGGUGCUGAACAAGCUGUUCAUGAAAAAUAUCACCGACCUGAUGGCAACGGGCUCCUUCGCCAGCGAUCUGUACGGCUACGGUAUACAGAUUUCGCGUGUCCGCGUGGCGCCCGAUUUCCGCGAAGCCAGCAUCUACUGGUUUUCGACCAAUCUCAACAGGGAUGUAAAAAUUGACGGCAUCCUUAAGCCGCUCUGUUCGCGCAUUCGUCAUGAAUUGUCGCAGCUACGGCUGAUGGGAGAAGUUCCGCAGCUUACGUUCGUACAGGAUAAGCGAUACUACGUGGAAGGUUUGUUGAACAGUUUGCUGAAGGAGGCAGACUACGGCGAGGAGAAUGCGAAUGUUGAGCAGGACGUUUUGCUGCCGAAGCCGGAAGAUCAAUGUUUGUGUGAGCCAGAGAUGAGACACGACAUACUUGGGCUUGACCAUGCUCAAAUCAUGUCGCGUGUUCGCCAGUCCGUUGACAAAACGAACAAAGCGUGGAAAGCACACCAGGAAGCGCAGAAGAAGCGGGACGAAGCCGCUGCUGCCGUCCAGCAGAGAGCGAAUUCCGAGCAACUUGGAAAGACCGAAUGAUUUCUUUCAACUAAAUUAGAUCCACCGGCAACUGGUUGGAUGUAGAAGUUACGGAAACUAGCCGCCAAAUGUUGUAGUAAUAAAGGUUUAUUAUUGAUAAUUUGA